AUGUAUUAUACACUAAGCCUACUCGCUGUCUUGCUCGGCGCCACAGUGCAAAAUGCAAAGUCACGCACCAUCACGAUCUCCAUGAACAUGUCCCUAACAAUGAACGUGGAACGUCGUAAGGAGCUUUUGGAGACACACCAACAACAAGUGCAGCAAGAACAAGCACGACCCGCACUCACCGCUGCUGUACUGCGCUCGUGUAUGAAAGAGACCGAACUCUCCAUGGCGGAAUUGCAUCGUUUUCGACUGAGUUUGCUCACUCGCGAUUCCGAACUAAACACCACGGAUGAUACGAGUACAGAGCUACCAAAUUUAUAUGACAUGGAGGAGGAUGAUUUAGUCUCCGAAGAAACCGAAUUAGAUGGUAUUAUUUAUGAACCUCAAGCGGAUAUAAAUGAGGCCAAUAAUAAUGCGUUGGAUUACGAAUAUCCGUUGACAAUCAGAAGUGAUGGAAAAACUGACAAAUCCUUGCAAUGUUUCGCCUACUGUCUCUACGAACAAUUAGGUUUAAUCUCGAGAGGUGUUUAUAUGGAUGAAGAGCUUUUCGCGAAGCUGUAUGCUAUUGUCGGGCGGGAACGCCAUUUGGUGAAGGAGUGCAUGAAUCUAAAUACAAAUAAUAAAUGUGAAUCUUUAUACAAAAUGCAUUUAUGCUACAUACGUUUGAAGACACUUGAAGAGGAGAAUCGUAUACGCAAAGUGCUGGAGAGCGCAUAUCCUGGUGAAAGAGAUGAAGAGGGAGGGGAAGAAAUACCGGAAGCUGAAACUACGCAGGAAGCGUACGCCAUGGAGGAAACAGAAACAACGCUGUCAACAUAUGCUAAUGCGGAGAAUGCCACAACUGAAGAUGUUGGAGUCAAAAAGUUGAUGAAACAGCUGAAAAAGAAGUUGAAGCUGAUGGAUGCAGAUGUGGAGCUCAGAGAAAUGUUACAAAAUUGGAAUGAGGCUUAG